AUGUCCCUGGCCCCGGUGGCGUCGGACAUGUUCGACGCCAUGUUCGCGCAGACGUUCCUCAAGGGCGAGACGACCAUUCAGCAGGGCGACGAGGGCGACAACUUCUACGUCAUCGACUCGGGCGAAGUGGAG